AUGAACGUCGAACAGCAACAUACAAAGGCUCUCCAGGCCCAAUUCGAAAAUGACAAUGCCAAUGAAAAAAGACUGGAGGAAAUCACGGACCAGAUCAAACACUCGAUUAUCCAUCAGUAUAACUGGGAAGAACUUCUCCAUCCGAUGCCAGUCCUGAUACAGUCAAUUGCAGCUUGUUUCGCUGCUGCAAGGUGCGACAUGACGCACGGUUACGGGCCCAACCAGCCGGUCGGAAAUAAAGAGCAGCUUGCCAGUAACUUGGACCGGUGCGGCGAACUCGGUGAUCGAGCGAUGAUGCUAUUUCACGAAAACAUGCCUGGUGUUAGGCAUGGCACCAUGAAUUUCGAUUUUAUGGCCGAGGACGUUGUGAGGUUUAUGGAAGAUCCAGAGUUGGCCGGCAGGAUGCUUAAGUCCAGAGUCGAUGAGCUCAAAAAGUAUAUCGACGGGGCUUAUUCCAACAUUAAAGAGAUUGAUGAGGCUCUGGAGAGGUGGUUGAACCACACCAUGGCCUUUCAUGCGGGCUGCCUUCAGAUGCAAUCGAGGAUGAAGAACGAAGAGUGGGAUACUGCAAUGGAUCAGCUCAGAUUCAGUCCCCAGGCGAACACUUCGGACGCACAAAGAAAUGCAACAGAGAAAUUUGGGAAACAAGUCGGCUCUGCCUUUGCGGCUUUCAAGAAUGCAGCUGAGAUUUGCCCACCUGGAAACGAUAUUCUGGGCCAGCAGGUCGUAAGAGAGUUGGCUGAUUUCGUCUCGACCUCUUUUGGCCAACUUCUCGAAUCCUACAGCCAGAACCUCUUGCCUGACAGACGAGGCGCACCGACUGAAUAUGUGCGAAAAAGGCAACUUCUCUACACUGACCCCGCCUACGCCGAAGUCAAGAGGAACAUAGUCUACUUUGAGCUCAUCAAUGCUGUGGUGAACGGCGGUGACAUGCGGUCACCCGAGAGCCUUUCUUUUGCCAAACAGAUGCUAUCUGAAGCGAAGAAUUCAUUUCAGUAUCCUGCGACACGCGAAGAGCCUAGCCAGCAGCUACUCUCGGCACUUGAUAACGCGAUCAACAUUGCAAACCUACUGGGGCCUGGAGGCGUCUAUACGGGAAUAAACGUGUACUCUCUGCAGCUUUCCUACAAGGCGACAUACCUCUCUGUUCAAAAGCUGGCAGCCAUCGGCCGGGCCCUGCCUGGGUCGGGUGUAGGAGGUGGGCCUGUAAUGGGCACGAGUCAAGAUCUACGAUCAAUCAUCUCCAGAACUGAUGCCAAAUCUGUCCAAGCACAGGCCGUCCUGGAGUCAGCAAAGUGUCGUUUGGCAACGAAGCAGAAGUAUCUUUUCCAGUCCCACGAGCUUUACAGCGAGACGCAUGAUAAGAUCGGUGAGCAGCUAUCCAGAAUCACAGAGGUCAUUGCGGAAUUGGGCGAGCUUGCCCAGAACAACAAGAUGAGUCUGGAGGAGAUCAAGACUAUUCUCAUUCGGUCUGCCGAGCUGAUUGCUCACAUCAAGGGCCAAGUUAUGGCGCUAUGUCGCUUCUUCAAGGCAGCUGUCGCCGCCAUCCACGCCAUGACUACGUACAUGGUCAACCCUUUCCUGGAGAUGGCUGACACAAGGAGCGGAGAGGGGAAGCGCCUUGGUAACUACAGCUUGGGCGAUCUUAAGCGAACAGUCGCAUCACAAGCCGCCAUCACUCUCCGUGCAUAUGUCAGUGUGUUCAACGAUUUCUCACGCCAGUGGUCCGACAUUUGUCACGACCCCAUCAUGAAUCGCUUGGGAAAGACACAGCAGCACCGCUCCAAGUUUCCAUUCAACGAAAUUGCCUCCGAAAUCGAUCAGCUGCAGGGUUGGUCAAAGAUGACACGAGGCCGAAUGGCAACCAUGAGCUACCAGUGGCGCAAGGAUGUGCUUGAAAAGAUUGGGGAGAGGGAUGACAAGGCCAAACUUGACAACAGAGACCUGGCUCUUAAGCCGGAAACGUUGCAGGCAGUUGAUGCCGGGAUGAGAGAGCUGGAGGGUGUUGCCAAGGAUGUUAUCACGAUGAGGUUUUACAAUUCACCUCUUAACCAGUUUGGGUUGAACUAG